CCGGGGUCGGCAAAGGGCGGAGUCGCCGGAGCUCCUGUGCCGCUGGGCGGGCCCGUCUCUCGAGGACCGGUCCGCCCCGUUUCCCCAGCCAAAGGCCGCCCGAGAAAAGGAUCCCGAUGGCCGGCGAGGAAGGAGGCAGCUCGGGCUCGUCUCCGGCGGCGGAGCCCAGUCCCGGCGGCGGAGAGGCUGGCGCGGCUGGCGGAGAGGGCGCUGGAGGCGGCGGCGGCGCUGCCUACGACGGCAAGUGCGUUUUCUGCCGGAUCACGCACGGAGAGGAGGCGGGCACGGAGCUGCUGCCUUGCGAGGUGAGUCGGGCGGGUGCUUCACAUCCUCACGUCCAAAGGCUGCAGCCGAGCCGCGAAGUAGAGCUCAGGCUCGGGCUGGAGGCUCAUCCUGUGCUAGGGGUGGGCGAAUGGACUCCAACUCCCAUCAGCCCCUGCCAGCGUGGCCAGUAGCCAGGGACGAUGGGAGUUGUAGUCCGACAACAGCUGCAAGGCCGCUUGCUCGCCCCCGCCUUCCCUUCAAAUUCUAGCCCCGCUCAGCCCGCUUCCCACGGUGGGCAACCAACCCCCCGUUUUCCCUUGCAGGGCAUGGAAGCGAGGAGCCCCCACUCGCUCCUUGCCCUCCUCUUUCUUGGCAACUGCCACUGGAGCUGGAGGUUCCAUUGAGGUUUUAUGGCUAAUAGUCAUUGAUAGACUUAGGUGAGAAACCUUUAAAGCCGGUGUCCAUCACCAGGUCUUGCGUACUUACUCUUUGAUUAAAAAUAAAAGAGUUAUGGAUUUGAAGCUUUUAAGGUUGCACCAUUGCUGGUGCUGUUUGUUCUAUGGGUUUUAGGCUGUUCCUCAUUUUAUAGUGUGCUAGGUUUUAUGGCUGCAUGAUUUCUCUUGGGAAACUGCCCAGGAAGACUUUUCUGCAAAAGCUUAUUAAAUACACAAAUAAAUAAACUGGGAUAGUGAAAAGAAGCUUGGCCUCUGGUUUUCAGCCCCAGCCCACAUUCAAUUGUGGAUUUAUUCUUACUGUUUGCACACCACUUCUCAUCAUAAAUACCAGGAUCAGUAACCUUAAGAUAACAUGAAUUAUUGUUUAUAUAAUGACAUCAAUAGAAUAUAUGUGCUUCUUAAGCAAAAAGAGCGUUCUAACCCCCAAUGUGCUAGAAAUUUGCGGGUGAAAACAUGAUUCAUUUAUCUCAGUCCUUUAAGUGCUAACCCACUUCUGCUUCUCUCCCAUUACCUCAUCCUUUCACCCUUUGCUUUUCACACAUCAUCCUAAUUGUGUUUCCCUCAUACAUACAUCUCCUGUUGCAGCUAUAUGCUAGUCAGGUUCCCCUCCCCCCAACUUUUCUCCCUGCCUACUUAACCAGGGUUAAUGGAGAGUGGCAUUUUAUGGAAAGAAAAAUAAAUGUGUGGGAUUGGCUGAUACUGCUGGAACAUGGCUCUGAUGGGACUAAAAAUGUUGUUAGGUGUUGCUGCAUGGUUUACAAAUAUUGGCCUACAAAGUGGUCUAACAAAUGAGGGCUCCAGUGUUACUUAAGUUAUAUCCAUCAGUCUGUAUGAGAACUCAUUAAUAUUACAUAGGUGUCAAAAAUUGGGGAUUGGGACAAAUGUUCUUUGUAUGCUUAAGGAGAUGAUACGUCUGAAUGCUUCUACUGUUAUCCCAUAGUUCAGACUGAUCAUCUGAAAGGCUGAAGCCACUUGCACAGUUAAUAUUGUCGGUUGGUACUAGCUUGCUAGCUUUACUUACUGACAUGCAUGGCUAUCUCAGAUGGGUACCUGCAAAACUGUUUCUUACACGACCUGCUAUUAUCAAGCUUUUCUUCUCUUCAUUUUUUAGCAUGAAGACUUGGUGUGCUUCAGAGAUAUCAGGCCUGGAGCUCCCCAUCAUUAUUUAGUGGUGCCAAAAAACCAUAUAGGAAAUUGCAAGACUCUAAAGAGUGAGCAUAUACCAUUAGGUAAGUCUGGACCGAGCACUCAGAAUACUGGAGCUGAAAGUAAAUGAAUAAAACAUAACAACAACAGUGCGUUAUUGUUGAAUGCAAUUAGCUGCAAAACAAGGGUCUAUAUAAUUAGCAGUUAGAACGGAUCUCAACAACUGGAGCCCUUGGAUCCCAUCUGUACUGCAAGUAAUAAUAAUAAUUUAUUAUUUAUACCCUGCCCAUCUGGCUGGGUUUCCCAGCACACACAUACACCCGCCCCACCCUGUUGCUUACCAAGAGGUAGAAGGCAGUAGCUGUGGCAACUUGCUAGCAGUCACUUUGGGGGAUUGACAAGGAGACAUGUCCGCCAUCUUCCAUCCUAUUUUCAAAGUGUCUCUUCCACGAAACUACUUCUAGGGUGGCCACCGACACAGCAUUGGACUGGAUCCUGUCAGAUAUGGGUCUUAACCAGAGUUUCUGUCAUAGAUUCUCUGGGUAGCCUUGACCCACCCAUGUGCCAUUUCAACUCUGUUUGAUGUCCCACUCCCUGAUGACUCCUGACUGAUACCCUGUACCACCCACCCACACCUAUUGCUGUGGGGAUUUCACAGGACACGGACCACCCACAUUUAAGCCUUGCAGGGUAUAAAAUGACCGUGUGUGGUUUUUAAUGGAAGCUGAGAUCUUUUUUGGAUGCUAAGUUCUGUCUGAAUGCUUACUCAGCUUGCAUGGUUUGGCACCAGGGAUCCAGCAUAUUUGCAGCUACGCUUGGAUUGAACUUAAUCUGGGAGCCAUUACUCUUCCUUACAUGCCAGCAGCAUACGGCUAUGUGGAGCCGAAGACUUCCGUUUCCCCCCAUGAAUAUGUUCUUACAGUUUUCUUGGUAUAAGCAAAUCCUAGGCAUAGUAUAUUGGAAUUAGUCAGAAAGGAUGCCUGAAGACUGGCUGUCCAUCACACUUGCUGUGUGUUGCAUAGCACCAGUAGUGAACCAAGUAGUGUACAAAACACAGAAAAUUGCCCAGUCCUUAAACCUGCAUUGGGCAAAUUUGUGGGGAACAGUCUUCAUUGUCAGUCAGGUUAGACCUGGGUAGAAAAGCAAGCAAAGGUGAAGUUUGAGAAGGGAAAGAGGAGCUGCUUCAACUUGCAUACAACAUGUUGUGGGUAUUUUCACCAUAUGGUUAUCUGCCCUUUACAGAUCCCUUGUGGUUCAGCCUGCUUUGGCCUAUGUUUUUGUAGGUUACAUUAUCACUAAGAAUAAAUGUUAAAAUUUGUACAUAAUAAUAUGUAUGCUUAUUUAUAGUUAAAAAGAGAGGGCCAUUAUUAAGUUAGCCAGGCUUACUUUGGAAUAAAUUCUACUGAAAUCAACAGAGUUUGCAUUAGUUUCAGUUUAGGACUAAGCUGGUAAGACUACAAUGCAUCGGAAAUCUAAUGAGCUUUAAAUCUGAUUUUAUUAUUUUCUCCCCGAUCUGACAGUGGAAAGAAUGAUGGCAGUUGGAAAGACUGUCCUUCAGCGGAAUAAAUUUAAUGACUUGAAUGAUAUAAGGUAUGUUUCCAGAAAGGGAAGUGUAUGGUAAUGUUCGUUAUAAUAGAGUUGCAUAAUACAUAAGGAAAGUGCAUGUAAUUUGGUUAUGUAGUAUGAAAUAAUAGCUGGAGGUCUUAGAAUUUUGUAUUAGUGUGAUGCACACACCUGCUUACUGUUUUAAGUCCUUAAGAGCUUUCACAUGCUUCAUUCAAAAAAACACUAAGUAGCUGAUAACUGAUUCUUUUUCUCCUGUUUCUCAAGGAUGGGUUUUCACUGGCCUCCGUUCUGCUCAAUAGCCCAUUUACAUCUUCAUGUCCUAGCUCCAGCUAGUCAGUUGGGAUUCUUGUCCCGAAUGGUUUACAGAAUCAAUUCGUACUGGUUUAUAACAGUAAGUAUUCCAGUUAGUUUGGUGAUCCCCAUUUCCCUUCCGCUGCAAAGAAAGAACUGGACAUCACCAGUGCAAAACUUUGAGGUUCCCCUUUCUACUUCUUGUGCCAGUGAAUUCUAAGAUGUUACCAUUUUGCAGUCAAAAGGCAUUGAGGUGCUGCCAUUAUUAUAAUAAUAAUUCUUAUUAUUCCAUUUCCAAGGCACUGUGCCUGACCCCCGACUACCCCUUUUGAAAAACUUGCACUGUUUCUCCUCUUUUUUAACUCUCAGCCUUACUGUUUACUGUCUGAUAUUGAAUUAAGUCAGUUUGAAAUAGUCCUGUCAACGUAUUAAUAACUGUUAAUGAUGUCUAGAUUUUAACUAACUUCAUUUAAAGUGUUAGAAGCCAUCUUUCAUAUUUUCUUCAUUGUAAUAGAAGACACCACAGGAAAAUGGUCUUGAAAGGACCCUUUGUAGAUGAUGCUUCGCACCCGCCCCCCCUUCUAAAAUGGCCUUCCUGAAAGUUGUUACCACAGAUGCUUUGGCAUCUAGGCUGGCAGUGAGGGAAUGGUACUGCUGCUCAGUGGUUUCUAUUACUUAUCUCCCCUGUUUCAAGGGGGCAGCAAAUAAUCUCUGGGAAAUAUUAACAUGCAACAUAAACAUGUCUUUAACAGGCCGAGCAGCUCUUGGAACGGCUGAAGGCUGAAAGUGCUACUAUCUGAAAAGCACUUGUUCCAGAUCACGCAUCUCUGUGAACUGUGACCACUGAUUAUAGGGUUGGAUGUAAUUGUUAAUAUGCCAGGUGUGUGAAAAAUGGCACUUGAAUCUGCUGCUAUACAAUGGUUGAACUCAUCGUUAAAGAACGUUGUACAAUACAUGUCUCAGGCAAAUACCUGAAAAAACUGAGCACUUUCGAGAACAUCCAUAUCUACCAAUCGGAAAGUAAAAAUACCUAUCCUUCUCUGAAAGAAAAUACUGAUCUUGUAAAAAAAAAAAGAUAUAAUUAAAGUUUAAUAUAUUCCUCUGGGUUUGACUGUUCUUUGUCUAAACAAUGCAAGAGGUUUGUGCCUAUACAACACAUUAGUGACAUUUUUGGCAUUGCAAUGCUAGUGAUAGCUAUGAUGUCUUGGUGCUAAAUCACUCAUCGCACACAUGUACAUGACUGUAUGCACAGCAAGAGCUCUUAACAAGCCAUUGUGACCAGAGUAUGUCUUCCAUCUGUACUUAUAACGUGAGACAUCACACCAUUAGUAUGUUGGUCUAGGAUAAGAUUGUUUGAAUGUGGACCACUGUAAACAAUUGUAACCAGUUAAAUGCAUGUAAUUAAGAAUAGCUAGAAGGGGAAUUGCAGUACAAGUUUACAUAGAGCAAUGGUUUCUUUUUACUUUGUUACUAGUGAAAGGUAUCCGAUGUACGAAGUAUAAGAGGCUUAUGCUGAAACUAAACCUGUAACCAUAACUAUAGCUUUGGAUAUUUGGGAAAUCUUAAGCAUGUUGGGAGGCAUUGCCUACUGUGGGAAACUACCACUAUGCAGACAGACCUUGGAAUGGUUAUUUAUUAGUAUUUAUACAAUAGUUAAGUACCCAGAACAUCUUACAACAAAGAGUUUGUUAGUAUGUGAAUUCAUGAAUGUCGCCUGGUUCUGUUUUCUUUAAAAUCAAACAUAAAACACUAAACCCAUUCAUAAGGGUAGAUUAUCCAAAUUUGACUACCUAAAGCCUUCAUCCAAGUGCUCAUCAGUAGAGGCAUCAGACUUCUAUAGCAUACUGCUUGUCCACUUUACAUGGCCACAACAUUAGCUAAGUUGUCUCUUCCAACAAAAAUUAUCUUGUUCGUAGUCUACCUCCACAGCCUUAAUGUCAAGACUGCAGAUGCUUUUAAGACUUGGCAUGAAAUGGCUUCUAGAGCACAAUUUCAAAUCUAAUUGGAUUUCUUACUGAAAAAUUAACUUGAACAAGCACUUGCUGAAAUUGUGCAUUCUGGUACCUACUGCAUUACUAAAGCAACAUCCAAUUAUUUAGCACAGUUUUACAUCGUAGUGUUCAAAGUAUGCCAAAAUACAAUAACCCUUUAUGUUCCUGUAUGGCUUUAGCAUUUUAAUCCUCGUAUUUGUUGGCAUGUAUUCGUUUUGAUACUUGAGUCUGGAUUCUAACUACUGUUGGUUAAAAUAAUCAACAAAUGUCUUCCUUUAGUGGAGUAGUAGUUGUAUUUAUACCAUGUUGAAAUGUGUUAUGUAUGAAAAGCAGUUGUGAUUGUGAGUUUAUGUACCAUUGGAAACAUAACAGCAACCUUAAUACUGUUUGAAAAAGAAGCUAAUAAAAAUCAACGUGUAGAGAUGAACCUCUUGAAUGUUAUUGUAUCUGAAUUUGAGAAUAUUGUUUGUGAACUGGUACCUUUAUAUUUCAACAUCUCAGGAACUCUAUGUAUGAUAAGCCUGCCAUCUAGUCAAACAACAUAAAGUUAGUUAUAAUCUGAAAA